AUGGUUAGUACCAAGCAAGUUUCUCUGGGCGUAUUGGUUUUCGCCGGGUCUGUGUUGGUGGUUUUCGGUGUACUGUUCGGUCUCUACAAGGCUUUGGCAGGUGCCAGAGGCCGACCUGUGUCAUCCGCUCUUCUCCACGCGACCAGACUGGGAUACGACCCGUGCGUGGAGAUACCCUUAGAGAAAACGACGUGCUACACAUUGGUGAUACUCAGUCACACGAAUAACGAAGGCUUGCGAGACCUGCUAGCAUUCAUUUACGCCAACGAAACCGUCAAAAGAGACUUUUGCUUCGAGCCCAUGGUGGUGGUAUUCAACGGAAACGACAAUAAUUUCAUCACGAGCCGCAUCGAGAAUGAAUUCGGACAGCCGACGGUCGUGUUCGAGAAAGUGAGCGCGGGCUUCCUAGCUUUGCUGCGGAAGCGAGAUCAUCCCUACGUAUUCGUACUGGAUUCGUUCGCGCCGCAUCCGAGACAACUGCGUCAGAUAGUCAGUGAUCAAGGCCAGACGUGGAACUGUACCCUGCGUUACUGCUCAGUCUUCGAACGGCUCUUCUCGCCGACUGCUUGUGGCAGCACUUGCUCCAUGUCGCUCAGCCCAGCACUAACAGGAUGCGCGGUCUCAUCAAUGGUUUUCGACAGGAGGGCAGAGUUUUUCGAACGGUGGUCUUUCGCCCAGGACGUCCAGACCUCACUCUUCACCGCGCUCCCAGAGGGAUCCUCUGUUUAUGAAGUCCACAAGGAACGUUCUAACAGCAUAUCGGUCCAACGAAUGGUCAGGCAUCACCGUCUGUAUUACCGACCGAGCUCUGGUACUGGGUGA